AUGGCGGCGCUAUCACUGGUCUCGUCUUCCGCCACUCCUGCAACGAACCUCUCUCGCCGGUAUUCGCCAUCGCCGCCUUCCCCGCUGCGACAGGUCCUCCCGCGGCGCCACUCCACGGUGACGAGCAUCCCCGCUCUCCCCUCUCUUCUGGCCUCCGUUCCCGCCGAUAUCUCCAGCCUCGAUGCACCGGCGGCGCUUGCCGUCCUCGGUGGCGGCUCCGUCGCCGCCUUAGCGGCGCUCUCCCUGACGGAUCCCGAGCGGCGCCGCCGGACCCAGGCGGAGGAGGUCGGAGGAGGAGAUAAGGAGGUGGUGAGGGAGUACUUCAACAACACCGGAUUCCAGCGCUGGAAGAAGAUCUACGGGGAGUCGACGGAAGGCGUCAACAAGGUCCAGCUCGACAUUCGCAUCGGCCACGCCAAGACUGUGGAGAACACCAUCGCCAUGCUCAAGGACGGCGGCCCCCUCGCCGGAGUCACCAUCUGCGAUGCCGGCUGCGGCACAGGAAGCCUGUCGAUUCCGCUCGCUCGCGAGGGGGCGAUCGUCUCCGCCAGCGACAUCUCCGCCGCCAUGGUGGCGGAGGCUCAGGAGAGGGCGAAGGAGGCUCUCGGCGGCGCCGCCAGGUUACCUGUUUUCCAGGUUAGCGAUCUGGAGAGCCUGAAGGGGAAGUACGACACGGUCGUUUGUCUGGAUGUGUUGAUCCACUACCCGCAGAACAAGGCCGACGGGAUGAUCGCUCAUCUCGCUUCACUGGCGGAGCGGAGGCUCCUGCUCAGCUUCGCCCCAAAGACGUUCUACUACAGCCUGCUGAAGAGGAUCGGGGAGCUCUUCCCAGGCCCUUCCAAGGCGACUAGGGCUUACCUCCAUUCCGAGAAGGAUGUGGAGCGCGCGCUGGAGAAGGUCGGGUGGAAGAUCAGCAAGAGGGGGCUCGUGACGACUCAGUUCUACUUCUCCAGGCUAAUCGAGGCUGUCCCCGCUCAGUGA